ACGUCACCGCGCGUGGAUCAGAAACGGGUGCAAUUGUUGUUGUGUCGAGCGUGCAGUUUUGACACUAUAAUCGGGGGAAGAAGAAGCAACAUUAAGUCACAACUCGCCAGAAAUAGUCAAAAGUGCUAGCUGGGGUUGCAUUCAAAAAGCAAAUGUGCUUAUAAUAUACAUAUACAUACAUACACACAUAUGUACAUAAAUACAUGUUUUGUUCAUAAAUAAAAUGCGUGUGUAGAGUUUGACCCUCCAACAAACUAAGUGAAGCGAUGCCAAUUGGCCAAUAACUAGGCCCCAAGGAGGUGUCGUCACUACAUAGACUACAUCAAGAUGCCGCGCAAACUUCUUAAGUUUUUAAUCAUCUUCGACAACACGUCGCUGCUAUAUUUUCCCGGUCAAUUUCUAUCUGGUCGUGUUCUCAUCGAGCUGCAGGAUGAAACGCCGGCCCUCGGGUUACAUUUCCAUGUGGUGGGUGAAGGAGUGGUGCGCGCAGGAACGGGGAGAGGGGAGCGAACGUAUGACAAAGAGAAUUACAUAGAUUUUCGCAUGCGGUUACUGGGUGAUGUCGAUCAAGGACCUGCCAUUUUGUCGCCAGGCAUACACAGUUUCCCAUUCAAAUUGGGCCUACCUGUGGGCUUACCGUCGACGUUUCUUGGUCGCUAUGGCUGGAUACAGUACUAUUGCAAGGCAGCCCUGCGUGAGCCCAAUGGGCUAAUACACAAAAAUCAUCAGGUGUUUAUUGUAAUGAAUCCCAUUGAUUUGAAUCUAGAGAAGCCAAUUCUGGCGCAACCCUUCACCUGCGAAGUAGAACACAAGUUGGGCGUCGCCUGUGUAGGUGGUGGUCAAGUCAAAUGUCGUGUUGUCUUAGAUCGAGGUGGCUAUGUGCCUGGAGAAAAUAUCCUCGUAACUGCCUUUAUAUCAAAUCACAGUAAUGUGACCAUUAAGCGCACGAAGGCUUCUCUAACAGAGACUAUUGAAUACUUGGCUCGAGGCAAAGUGGUGCAAACAGAGAAGCGCGCCCUCGCUGUGCUAGUGCGUGGAAAAAUUCGACCUGGUGCCAAGGAUGAGUGGCACAAUGACAGCCUGUAUGUGCCACCACUGCCACCGACAAAUUUACAUGGCUGUCAUUUGAUUAAAAUAUCGUAUGAUGUUUUCUUUAUCAUCGAACCAAAAUCCAUGGAGAAGGAGGUCAAGCUUCAGCUGCCUAUUAUCCUGGCCACUUAUCCCUUCCGCAACAAUGCCAACGAUGCGAAUACUUGGCCGGAAUCGGUUCUAAAGCCUGAGACGCAUUACCAUUAUCCAUCAUCGUUGCCCAUAUUUCGUCCAUGGCUGCAUGAGAAGCCCGACGCAUAAGGCCCAGUGUUAAUUGCCAUACAUACUUAUAUUACUUUUACACACAGACAUAUUCAAGUUUAGUGUUUUUGAAUUCGUUAAUCCUGUGACAAUACUAAAGUACCCUUUUCCUAUAAUUAAACGACGUACAUAAUGCAGAUAAAAACCGUGGAAUACACCAACUCCUA